GUGCGGGCUCCCUCACCCAGCCCAGCUGUCUAUUCAUAUGCAGCUCCAGGCCAAGGGGGGGCGGGAGCUACCCCGCAGUAUGAGGUUAGGCAGCCCUCGCAGCCAUCAGCGCAACCUCACGGUAUCGUUCCGCAGCCCCCGGUGGCGAGCAACAUCACUAUGGGCGAUUACACUGAUCUCCCACCGCACGAGAGGCCGGCAUAUAUCCAGCAGCAGCAACAGGCCCAGCAGUAUCAGUAUACGAGCCAACCGCAGGACCGGGGACCAGCGUCGCCGACGUCGCCGUCUUACCCGUAUGGACAGCCAGUUUCGUAUUCUCAGGCGCCGCAAUACGGGUAUACGCCGAAUGCUGCGAAUCAGUCCGGUCCCCAGAGGGCAGUAGGAGGGACGGGAGGGUUUCAGUAUGCAGCACCGCCAGACAAGAUCACCUUUACGUCGAAGCCUGUAGUUUCAUCGGCACAGCAGGCGCAGCAGCCACCUAUAAGACAUAGUGCACAACCUGCAGCACCGCAAUAUCAGCAGCCUGAGUUCUACGAGUACACCUCUAAGCCUCAGCAUGGACAACAGCAGCCCCCUCCACCUCAGGCUCAAUACCAACAGGCCCCUUUACCUCAAGCUCAAUAUCAGCCGUCCCCUCCUCCAUCUCAAGCUCAAUAUCAGCAACCUCCGCCUCCCAUUUCCCAGCAAUCAGCUCCGUCUCACUCUCGGAAGUCAUCAGGAUAUUAUGGCGAUCACGCUGUUGUCGAGAUAACUCCGGGAGGUUCCAGAGUGCCCCAACCCCCGUCUCCAGGCCUGCACCCACAUAGAAUGUCAGUAAACGGCCCACGUCCCGAUCUUCGAGCUCCUUCGCCAGGCAUGCCCCACAUGGAUCGUCUAUCUGUCAGCGGCAACCGUCCAGACAUACAGCAAAUCCUCCCAGGCCAAGCACCACCAGGCAGUCCUCUGCUAGAAGCGUAUCACGGAGUCUACCAAUCCAUCUCACCCAUGCCCUCUGCCAUGAUGCUCCCCGACGAUGAUCUCGACGACCUUCCUAUGCUCAACAGCCUAUCCCCACGCGACUCUACCUCCUCCAUCCGCGGCCACCAUCGUGCCACCUCCACAUCAAGCCGACACCGUGCGCCCUCCACCUCAGGCCGCCGCCCCUCGCCCCCCUCGAAAGGUCGCAAGGGCGAUAAGCUCGCCCUCGAAGCCAUGGCCUUGACCACCCAAUCCCAAUCCCAAUCCCAAUCCCAAUCCCAAUCCCAAAAGGAAAAACGCGUCAAGAUCUACGACGCUACCGAAGACGCCCUCGCUCUCGUCGACGCCCUCGCCAGCCGCACGCCAGACGUCGACACCCUCAUCGACAUCCUGCCCACCCUCUCCCAUGACCAGAUGCUCGAGCUCCGCGCCGAGUACAAGCGGCAUUGCAAGGUCCAAGGCCGCGGUAUCAACAUCGCAAAGCACAUCAAGCUCAAAAUCCCCUCGUCCAACUUCGGCAAAAUCUGCCACGUGACCGCGCUAGGGAAGUAUGAGAGCGAGGGCUACUGGGCGAAUUUUUGGUACCAGUCUAGCAAUGCGCGGCGGGAGCUCCUCGUCGAAGCGCUCAUGGGGCGGCAGAACCAUGACAUCCGCGAGAUUAAGGACGCGUUCAAGGAUAAGCGGUACGGGGACAGCUUGACGCGAUGUAUGGACAAAGAGCUCAAAGCAGACAAGUUUCGCAAAGCGGUGCUGAUGGCGCUGGAGGGGGAGCGGCAGGAGGAGAGCGAUGUGUGGCCGAUGGAGUAUCGGAAUAAGGACGUAGAUACGCUUUACAAGGCGUUGAAGGCGAGAGAGGGGGGUGAGACUGCGAUGUUGGGGGUUGUGGUUAUGCGGAGUGACCAGCAUCUCAGAGAGGUGCUGCGGACGUAUGAGAGGAAGUACCAGGGUAAUUUUGCGAGAGAUGCGUUGAGGAAGAGUAAUAAUCUUGUGGGCGAAGUAAUCGCCCACAUUCUCAACGGCGCCAUCAACCGGCCAGCACGUGACAGCAUGCUCCUCCACCACGCCCUCAUGGACCUCAUCGAGCCUCCCGAGCCCGCUGCGCCCGGCCCGCGCUCAUCAUCCUCCAAACUCUCGAAAGAGUCAGUCUCCAAGCACGAGCGUCAGCAGCGCUACGAGCUCCUCAUCUCGCGACUGGUGCGGUUGCAUUGGGAUAGAAUGCAUAUGAUUCGCGUGAAGGAGGAGUAUGAGCAUAAGUAUGGCAGAGUGAUAGAGGAGGAUUUGGAAGAGGCGACGAAGGGCGAUUUUAGGGAGUUCUGUAUUGCGCUUUGUCAGACGGGGCGAGGGUGAGGUGGGCUUGGGGCGGUUUGAUCUUGCAGCUGAAUACUCUUCUGCUUGUUUGUCUGAGUAAAUUUGUUGGAUUGAGCGAAAUGAAGCGGUUGGAGCUUUGAAAAAGCCUGUGGAUUGCGCGUGGGAGCGCUGGGUAUCAUUCAUAAUACUAAUAUCCUCAACUCGCCUAUAUUACUCAUCUCAUCACUGAUCAUAC